GCCUCACAUGAGCAGCAGCAGCAGCAGCAGCAGCAGCGGGGUCGGCAGCGGAUGCACUGCAACUCUGCAAUGCGAUGUGCUGGCAGGCACGUACGUCGUGCCCUCUCACGAAUCAGAGCCCGCAACGGCAUGCCAUCCAUGUGCAGCUGGAAAGGGAUCAACCCGUCUGUUCCUGACAGCUGUGUGUUGGUCCCGUGGUACCGUCCCCGUGUUCACACCUACCCUCUCCUAUCCUGCAUCUUAUCUCCCACCUAUCGAUCGAGUACGAUCUCUCUCUCUCUCUCUCUCUCUUGAAGCAUCGGCCGGAAAAAUGAAUACGCUGUAGAACAAAAAGGCAGCAGCGCUUGCUGUAGCGAGACAUAG